AAUACUUUAUAUAUAAAUGGUUUGAUACUUGAUAUAUCUAUUUUUCAAGAACCUAUCCAUCACUCUCUCUCUCUCUCUUUCUUGAAGUUCUUCUUAUCUUUUUUUUUUUUUUUUUAACAGUUCUCCUUUCACAAAACAUCACAUUGUGUCUUCAGUUUCAGUGCCGUAAAAUUUGUUUUUCCUCUUCAUUUCUUUGGCAUACGGGAAAGUUCUUCUAGGUGUUUGUGAUUUGUCCGUCACCUUUGAAUCUUUUCAUCUCUUCAAAUCGUUUCAAGAAAACAUCUUUGACCGUGUUCUUUUAGUGUUCGAAUUGGAAGAACAAAGAUGGGUAGAGCUGCGAGAUGGUUCAAGGGUAUCUUCGGUAUGAAGAAGAGCAAAGAGAAAGAGAACCGUGUCUCCGGUGACGGUGGAGGAGAAGCUGGUGGGUCAGACAUUCACCGGAAAGUUUUCCAAGCAGACUCAGUCUGGCUCAGAACCUACCUGGCGGAAACAGACAAAGAACAGAGCAAACACGCCAUUGCGGUUGCUGCCGCCACAGCAGCAGCAGCAGACGCAGCGGUUGCAGCUGCUCAAGCUGCCGUAGCGGUGGUGAGGUUAACAAGUAACGGAAGAAACGGAGGAUAUUCCGGCAGGAGUGGAGUUACCGGGACCACAAUGGAGCGGUGGGCCGCCGUGAAAAUCCAAUCAGUCUUCAAGGGUUAUUUGGCGAGAAAAGCGUUACGAGCAUUGAAAGGUCUAGUGAAGCUACAAGCUUUGGUGAGAGGAUACUUAGUCCGCAAACGCGCCGCCGAAACGCUUCAUAGCAUGCACGCUCUCAUCAGAGCUCAAACUAGCGUUCGUUCUCAACGCAUCAACCGCUCUCUCAUCAGAGACAACAACAACAAUAUGUUUCAUCCUCGACACUCACUUGAGAGGUUAGAUGAUUCAAGAAGUGAAAUCCAUAGCAAGAGAAUAUCAAUCUCUGUUGAGAAACAGAGCAACAACAACAAUGCGUACGAUGAGACCAGUCCCAAGAUUGUGGAGAUUGACACUUACAAGACGAAAUCAAGAUCCAAGAGAAUGAGUGUGGCUGUAUCUGAGUGUGAGGAUGAUUUCAUCUAUCAAGGCAAAGAUCUCGAAUGGAGUUUUCCGGGAGAAAAAUGCAAGUAUCCUACUGCUCAAAACACUCCAAGAUUCUCAAAUAACCAUCACUACUACACACCACCCUCACCGGCGAAAAGCGUUUGCAGAGACGCUUGUUUUAGGCCGAGUUAUCCUGGUAUGAUGACACCAAGCUAUAUGGCUAAUACGCAGUCGUUUAAGGCUAAGGUGCGUUCGCAUAGUGCACCGAGACAACGUCCUGAUCGAAAAAGAUUGUCACUUGAUGAGAUUAUGGCGGCUAGGAGUAGCGUUAGCGGCUUGAGGAUGGUACAACCACAACUGCAAACGCCAACGCAAACGCAAACGCAACCACAGCAACGCUCUCCAUGUUCGAAUGAUCAUCAGUUUCUUCAGGACGCUAGAUUCUAUAAUUAGUAAGAAACGUUAUUUUCGUCCUUAAAGGAAAUAUCGUCAUAGCUUUUGACUUUUUCAUUGAGGACUUUUAAUUUUUCUCUUCUUUUUUAUUUUAUUUUCUCCCUUUUUUUCGGGUUCCUACUUUUGUAAAUGUUUAAUUUUGGGAAUUUUUUUUUAAAAAAACCAGUCAUCUACUAGUACAUACGAUACGACCUCUUCA